UAUGGCAUUUCUGCGGGUUCUCACAAUGUGUCUGCCCCUGUCCGUUUAGGGGCGGUCACACAACUGUGGGGGGUGGUUUCCGCUGCGUGUUUCCCUCUGACACGGAACUGUUCCCUCCUGUAUGUGCGUGAGGUCCCUCCUCCUCUGGCCAUCUUUAUUACAUUCAUUACCGCAAAGGAAGGGAAACCCGGCCCUGCCUGCGACCACCCCUCCUUCACUUACACUGCCCCACUGUAGCAGGGAUCCCAGCGCCAGCAUUGACAGGAGAGCCAAGGUUGUAGUGAGGACGUAGCAACAAAUUAUUUACACAAAAUCAUCAGGUUUGCGAAGCCUUCCCGACAGGGUGUGAUACUGAGCGACAGCAGCAGACUACCCAUCACCGAUCCUGCUUCUGUGAGGACCUGCCACAGUACCGUAUAAUACAGGUUCUGUUGUGACUUCAAGUAAGCUGUGUGGUAGCCACCUAAUCCAGGAUAUAUUUUCCUCUACAGAAGAUCUGAGCAGGACAAGCUUGCGAAUGGGAUGAAUCCGCUGCUGCUGAGCAUUCAUCUUCAGCUCAGUGAAUAACGUUGUUCAGCUGUUGAAGUCACCUCGUUAUGUUUCCACUUUUACAACAUCCCUUUUGAGUUUGGUUGUCUUUAAAAAAGAAUUCAAAGUGGAGUACCGUAAACUUGAUAUGGAUGGCAAAAAGAAAGACAAGGACAAACCUGAUGAGCGAAUUAGGCCCAGAUCAGGUCACAAUGUACGUAAUUCUGGGUCUUCAAACUCUGGAGUGCUAAUGGUUGGGCCUAAUUUUAGAGUUGGGAAAAAGAUUGGAUGUGGCAAUUUUGGAGAGCUACGAUUAGGGAAAAAUCUGUACACAAAUGAAUAUGUGGCAAUUAAACUGGAACCAAUGAAAUCCAGAGCGCCGCAGUUACAUUUGGAAUAUCGAUUUUACAAACAAUUAGGAUCUGGAGAUGGCGUACCUCAGGUUUACUACUUUGGCCCUUGUGGUAAAUACAAUGCCAUGGUGCUAGAACUUCUGGGGCCAAGUUUGGAAGACUUAUUUGAUUUAUGUGACAGAACAUUUUCUCUCAAAACGGUUCUUAUGAUAGCCAUACAACUGAUUUCCCGCAUGGAAUAUGUUCACUCAAAGAACUUGAUAUAUAGAGAUGUAAAGCCAGAGAACUUCUUGAUAGGUCGUCCAGGAAACAAGAACCAGCAAAUAAUUCAUAUUAUAGAUUUUGGAUUGGCAAAAGAAUACAUAGAUCCAGAAACAAAGAAGCACAUACCAUACAGAGAACACAAGAGCCUUACAGGAACCGCUAGAUACAUGAGUAUAAAUACACAUUUAGGAAAAGAGCAAAGUAGAAGAGAUGAUUUAGAAGCAUUAGGACACAUGUUUAUGUAUUUUUUACGUGGAAGUCUUCCUUGGCAAGGUUUAAAGGCUGACACAUUAAAAGAAAGGUAUCAAAAAAUUGGAGAUACAAAGCGAGCCACGCCGAUUGAAGUACUUUGUGAAAACUUCCCAGAAGAGAUGGCUACAUAUUUGCGGUAUGUAAGAAGACUAGAUUUUUUUGAGAAGCCUGACUAUGACUACUUAAGAAAACUUUUUACAGAUUUGUUUGAUCGGAAGGGAUAUAUGUUCGAUUACGAAUAUGACUGGAUUGGAAAACAACUGCCUACGCCAGUUGGUUCCAUUCACGCAGACCCAGCUCUUUCAUCAAACAGAGAAGCACAUCAACAUAGAGAUAAGAUUCAACAAGCCAAAAAUCAGUCGGCAGACCACAAGGCAGCUUGGGACUCCCAGCAGGCCAAUCCCCAUCACCUAAGAGCCCACCUAGCAGCUGACAGACAUGGUGGCUCGGUACAGGUUGUAAGUUCAACAAACGGUGAGCUAAACACAGAUGACCCAACGGCAGGACACUCAAAUGCACCAAUCACUGCCCCAGCGGAAGUUGAAGUCCUAGAUGAAACAAACUGCCAGAAAGUGUUGAACAUGUGGUGCUGUUGCUUUUUCAAGCGACGGAAAAGGAAAACCAUUCAACGCCACAAAUGACUCUUCAAACGGGCAGACCAUGGGGAAUUACUCACUUGUUCAUCUGCUGUCUUGUGAUUAAGAAAAAAUCAUCUCUGCAAUGACCAUAUGUUUUUUCCGUUUUUAUCCUUUGCAGAAAAAAUCAUGCUCCCAUGCUUUUGUUUGGUUGUCUUACAUUUUUUCUGAUGUCCAUUCUUUAGAAGCUUUAACGUUUUGUCAAAAUAGAUUUAAAUAAAUGGACCAAUGAAGUGGUACAAACAUAAUUUACUGUCUAGAGGCAAAAGCAAUUACACUAUCUUGGAAUUUGUAAGCUGUUUAGCGAUGAAUAUUUCUGUAAAAAGCAGCCUUUUUUCAAGUGAAUAGUGGAUAAAUGGCGUUUGUAUAAGCUUUAAAAUAACACACUAAAGUCUUACCCUUGGAGAUUUACAGUUUUGACAUUAGCAACAAUUUACAGUAUUACUGAAAUGGUACUGCAUUAGUGACUAGUUACAUUAUCUUUCUCUCCAUCAUAAGAUGGUACAGCCGCUUUGUAGAGUUUCUGUAUAACAACACGAUGUCUGGAUUUAACCUCUGUUUAGCUGUGUAAAAAGAAAGAUAUUUGGUUUUGAUUGUAACUCUUGCAGUGAUUGAGAGAAGGUUGAAGCACCAUAAUUCUAAAUGUAUGUGCUGUAAAUUUUGCGUUAUGGUAAUGUGGUUAAACAGCAAGAAAUGAAACAAACUGAAUCAAGAAAAUUUUUAGAAUAUAAUACAAACUAAAAAAACACUACAUACUAGGAGAUGUUGGUUAAGCAGUCAAAAAGUAUGCGUAUGUGAUCUGGGAAGCACAUUGCAUAUGGCUUGCUACAGAUGAACAUUUUAUUCUACUUUAAGUAAACCUUUUGGAUAAAUCAUGUGGCUUGUGUAUAAACCAUUCUUCUCUUUGGCAAGAAGCAGCAGAAUUGAUUGGUGCUUCACUACCUGGGGUCAGCAGGUGCUUUAAAGAGUUGUACACACCUUUUAGGCUGUACAUUAAAUACUUGAUAGAACAUGACAAACAUUAGCUGGGCCACUUUCAUUUUCAUAUAUUAGUUUAUCAGAGUUUCCACCAUAUGGACAAAUGGCUAGUACAGCAAUUAUGGUGGCGUUUACUUUGUGUACAAUUGGUAUCAUUUAAUUUUAGAAUAGUUUGAAGCCAGCAAAGCAUUCUGAUGCAGAACCCGAAUGCAUUGUGAUUGCCAAGUCAUGAUUUUUGUCAGGUUCUAAAGAUAGCCUAGAGGUUUUUUUUUUUAUUAUUAUUUUUUUUUUAGAGAGAAUGUUGAAGGGAAGUCGCUAGAGUAAAUAUUUUGACCAAAUCUUUGGUUAAUGUAUGUACAAAGGAAAAAUAAUCCAAAAGUUUCCUGGAACAAAUUUGUACUUUUUUUUUCCUCGUCUUUCAUUGCACGCCCUAUGGUUAACUUAUUUAUUUUUUAAGUCUGAUUUGUGGUAACAGAAACAUGUGCAUUGCAAAUAGAUAAAUGCACAUAUUCAAGUUCAUUAUUGCAUUUACAGGGAUUUUAAUUGUCAUUGUAAUUUAUUUUGUUAACAACCAGGAGUGCAGUGCUUAUUUUUGAUGGUGUAUGCGCUCUUAUAAUACUCUGAAAAAUACUCUGGUGGUUGUUUUUGUUUGGUUAUUUUUUUCCCUUCCCUUUUGACUUAAUUUUUUUUAUACAUUGGUCAAAUACAUUAAUUCAACCCACAUAAUCAUCUAACAUACCCGUCUGAAAUAAAGUGUACUUUCCAUUUUGACUUUUUGUUACUGUCUAAAGUAAAAAAAUGUGUGUGUAUACAUAAAUGUUAUAUACACGCAUAUUUUUUUUUCCGUUAUGGAAAUAUGAAAGAUGAGUUGUGGCCAUUCUAAUGUGAAAUCACUUUUGUGUCCGCAGUAUUUGACCAAAUUUUGUUGCACCAUAUUGUAAAUACAUGCAGCAACUUGUGUUUAUUAUAAUAAUCUGUUUAUUUUGUUUUUCAAUAAAUCUUUCUUUUGUUGGGGAGAAGAUGCUAUUUGACCUGUACAGUGUUUAUAUGAUCUGAACUCAUCACACAUAAAAUGUGUAUAUUAAUCCAAUUGUGGACUUCAACUAUUUAAAAUACAAAUCCCUUUAUUUGCUGCAAUGACCAGUAAGUAGGCAUUUUGCUUUUUAGCAAUAUUUAAGUGCUCCAUUUACUGCCUUAAAAGGGGAAUUGCUCCUUGGCAGCACAAACUGGUCGAUAAUAGGUAAUGCAGGUAUGUUCAGGUUAAGUCAACAAUGUUUUGCAUUUAUAUGCUUUUUCCCUGUCUAUACUAAUGAAGUCAACAUUGCCUGAAUGUUAAAAUAAUGAAAAACAUCCCUGUUUAAAGUAUGUAACUGAAGAAAUAAAAAAUAAAGGUAGUUUUUUUUUAA